GAUACACCGGGUACAAACCACUGUCUCUGUCACAAACGGCGUCGGAGUCCAUGCCCGCGGCGGACUGCUCGAUAGCGAAGGAACGGAGCUCGAGAAGCUCCGCAACAAUCUUGGUUGAAGGGCACUGGGACUGCGACGGGCAAUCCGGCCCAGUCGUAAUAAGGAGCGUGUAUUCAUGAUGACAAUGCAAUUAAUGACAAAGGCCGUUUUCCUCUCUAAGCGGAUUGAAGACAACCGUCAUGGAGUGCUCUCGCCAGCGCAUUUCCUACGCUUCGUGGCGCCUACGAGUGUUUCAACGGUUAUUUGCGCCUACAUCUACAAAUUCGCACACCAUUUCUCCGUCUUCCCACAGAAACCUCUCGUCCAAACAACAUCCCCGAGAAAGUGAAGAUCACAACCUCGACAAUGACCCCUCAAUCCGCCCCUCCCAACUCCUCCCCAAAUCGCCCCUAGCAUCAAUCCCAACCGAAAAGAAACGCAAACUCCGCGCACCACCCGAACAGUUCCAAGAACUCGCGCGAAACCCAUGGGCAAUGGCCCUAGCCUCCCCACUCCGAAUGUGCACCGUAACAGGAACAAGACUCCCCAAAGCCUUCCUAGGCGAUUGGGGUAUGAUCCGACGCUCCAACACCGCGGACCCAGAGAAACUAUGGAUAAUGCCAGUUGGGCUGUUGAAGGAUGAACUUUCGCGGACAUUAAAGGGACCGUUGAAUUUCCUCAAAUUGCGGAUCGUUGAUCGUCUUCCGCUGCUAAAGCAGCUUACGAAACCGUUGAGUCGGUCGACGGGUGGAAAGAAGUCGCCGCUUGUGAAGUUGAUUCCGCAGCGGUGGAAACAUCCGUUUGGGCCUAUGACGAGUCAGGAGGAUAGGUUGUUGGUUUGGAGGGGGGAUAUGCCGGAUUUUGUGUUUGGGCGGUUGAGGAAGGAUGCUCUGAAGAAGUUGAAGAGGGCGUGUGGUGAACAUGGACAGGAGAUGAAUGACAGCAGUCGGGCUUGGAGUGUUGUUGAAUUGGAUGGGGAUUCUGAGGCUCUAGUUGAGGCAUUGAAGGGCGUUGAGCCGGUUGAGCGUAUGGGCUCUGGUGCUGUGUUGGUCAUGGGUCAGAAACCCCAGACUCAGAACCAGUCUGAGGGGCUUGAGGAAUCCCAGAAACGGGUCUCGAACUUCCCUGACUACGUUACGCUGCCUCAAGUCCAGUCAAAGGUCCCGGUAUUCGAUCUCUCUAUCCUUUUGUCUGAGUGUGACAUGGAGGCUCUCAGAGCAUAUGACCAGCGUUUCCAGAGCACGGCUCUGUUCCUCAGACCAGAUGAUACGACCUCUGUCGAUGCGGUCCUUGCAUUGUGGAAGCUGAAAGGCUUCAUUCGACAUGACGCACAGUAUACACCUUAGCCUGCAUUAUAAACUCUCGCCAAAUACUCUAUGGAUAUCCCGAACUGUACAAUAUUUACCAAGUCUAUCUACCAAAUAACCGUCUUGUCUAUGACUGAACGUCCAACAAAUCAGACAACUUAUCCAAAUACGCCAACGGCUUGAUCGGCCCAGCCACAAAAUCCUCCUUAGUACUAACCCCAGUCAACACAGCCAGUGUCCCCCCAAGCUUCCCUUCCAUCCCAAAUCGAAUAUCCGUGUUAGUGCGAUCCCCAACCAUACAAGCGCGAC